UUUAUUCUUGCCGCGCGCUGUUUUCCAUACCCGACCCGACCCCUCUUUUUACUUUAUUGUUUUAGUCUGUUUGAUUGUUUUAUAUUUUAACAUAAAUUAAGUACAAAAUGCUUUGUAGACUAGUUGCCAACCGCAACUUGAGCGCCAAAUAUGCUGGCAAUUUUAAGCUUAUUGCCUGCUACUCCACAUCGGGAAAGACACCCAAUGGCAAAGUCUACCAGUCGGCCAUCGAUGCAGUGGCCGAUGUUCAGGAUGGGGCCAAGAUUCUGUUCGGCGGCUUUGGCAUCUGUGGCAUUCCAGAGAAGAUGAUUGCUGCUCUGAAGCAGAAGGGCGUCAAGAACAUUACCGGAGUGUCCAACAAUGGAGGUGUUGAUGACUGCGGUCUGGGUGUGCUGAUCAAGCAGAAGCAACUGAGCAAACUGAUCGCCUCGUAUGUGGGCGAGAACAAGGAGUUGGUGCGUCAAUAUCUGGCCGGAGAACUGGCCAUGGAGCUGACGCCGCAGGGCACGCUGGCGGAAAAGAUUCGUGCGGGUGGUGCUGGCAUUCCCGCCUUCUACACGCCCACUGGCUACGCCACUUUGGUCCAAGAGGGCGGUGCACCCGUUAAGUAUUCGAAAGAUGGCAAGGUGGAGAUUUAUAGUGAGGAGAAACCCGUGAAGGAAUUCAACGGACGCAACUACGUGAUGGAGGAGUCGAUCUUUGCUGACUUUGCCUUUGUGAAGGCUCAGAAGGCGGAUCCCCUGGGCAAUUUGGUGUUCAACAAGGCUGCCAGGAACUUCAAUGCACCCAUGUGCCGUGCCGCAAAGAUAACCGUGGCCGAGGUGGAGGAGCUGGUGCCCGUGGGCGCUCUCUCACCCGAUGAGAUCCAUGUACCCGGCAUCUAUGUGAAGCGAAUCUUCAAGGGCACCGACUAUAACAAGCGCGUGGAGCGUCUGAGGAUCACCGAGCCACAGGAUCCCAGCAAACCCGCUGCUCCCGCUAGUCCCGGACAGGCACUGCGCGAGCGCAUCGCUCGUCGUGUGGCGCUGGAGUUCCGUGAUGGCAUGUACGCGAAUCUGGGCAUUGGCAUGCCCGUCCUCUCCUCCAACUACAUACCCAAGGGCAUGAACGUGCUGCUGCAGUCGGAGAAUGGCAUUUUGGGCCUGGGUCCAUUCCCCACCAAGGACCAAGUGGAUCCCGAUCUGAUUAAUGCCGGCAAGGAGAGCGUCACUGUGGUUCCCGGCGCAUCAUUCUUUGGCUCCGAUGACAGCUUUGCCAUGAUUCGUGGCGGUCAUGUGGAUAUAACCAUUUUGGGUGCCAUGGAGGUCUCCGCCACGGGUGAUCUGGCCAACUGGAUGAUUCCUGGCAAACUGGUCAAGGGAAUGGGUGGUGCCAUGGAUUUGGUAGCUGCUCCCGGCACCAAGGUGAUCAUCACAAUGGAGCACAAUGCCCGCGAUGGUUCGCCCAAGAUUUUGGACACCUGUUCGCUGCCUUUGACCGGCAAGGGUGUCAUCGAUCUGAUCAUUUCGGAGAAGGCCGUUUUCGAGGUGGAAAAGGGCGUGGGUCUCACCCUGAUUGAGGUCGCCGAGGGCUAUACCGUCGACGAUAUAAUCGCCAGCACUGGGGCCAAAUUUACCGUCUCUCCGAAUGUCAAGACAAUGGGACAGAUUGCGGUUUAAAAAUGCCCGGAAGCCUACAGAGGCUAUGUGGUUAGUUGGUUGAAGGUAACAUACUUGAGUGAUAUUUUAGUGCAUUUAUUUUGUUUUGAUCGUGUGACAUAAACGUUUCUGUUAUUGAAUAUAGUUUUUCGAUGCCUUCUAA